GCUUGACUGACGAACUUUGGCUCUUUUGACAGUUAGCAUGUUAGCUAGAAGUUGCUAACUAGCCUGUAAGUCCUCAGAUGAAAUGUCAGUAAACUAAUCAGUCCAAACAGUUUGUGGAGUUGAAGUUUCUUAACAUCUCACAGCCUGAUCAUGUUUUCAUCUGUCUGGAACUUUGUGAAACGCCACAAAAGGAAGUUUAUUUUCACCGGAGCUUUAGUUGGAGGUGUGUACUUCCUGGGUAAAUAUGCCCAGAAGAAGCUCAGUGACAUGCAGGAGAAGGAGGCGUCAGAUUACAUCUCUCAGGCCAGAAGACAGUUUCACUUUGAGAGCAACCAGAGGACAUGCAACAUGACCGUGCUGUCCAUGCUCCCUCCUCUGAAAGAAGCCAUCACCAAUCAGCUGAAUUCAGAAAGCCUCACUGCACUACUCAAGGAGAAACCAGCCAAUAAGCUGGAGAUCUGGGAAGAUUUAAAGAUCCUCAGUUUCACGCGCACCAUAGUGGGGGUUUACAGCACCUGCAUGCUGGUGGUUCUGCUCCGAGUGCAGCUGAACAUCAUCGGAGGAUAUCUGUACCUCGACAACUCUGUGGGCAAGAGCUCCCCGAGUCCUAUGGCUCCUCCUGAAGUCCAGCAGCAGUACCUGUCCAGCAUCCAUCAUCUACUGGGAGACGGUUUGACAGAGUUGAUAACGGUAGUGAAGAAAGCGGUGCAGAACGCUCUGGAAAGCGUUCCUCUGAAGCAGAGCCUCUCCCUGAUGGAGGUGGAGCAGCAGCUCAGCUGGAUCAGAGCCGAGGUCGAGGCCGGCGAGCGCAACAUGUCCUGGUUCCUGCUCGCUGACGACCAGAACGCCCUCGCUGACCAGGCCUGCGGGCUGACAGAAAACGACGUGGUGACGAUCAGACUGUUGAACGAGACGAGGGACAUGUUCGACAGUCCAGACUUCAGCACCGUCCUGAACUCCAGUUUUAAUCGCGGUUUCUCUCGACUUCUGGAUAACCUCGCCGAGUUCUUCCGUCCACCGCCCGGUGACUCCGCCCCCUUCGCUGCUCCUGAUAGUCUGUCUGCAGUCAGUCUGCCGCUGGCUAAGAUCAUCCCCAUCAUCAACGGGCAGAUCAACUCCAUCUGCAGUGAGACUCCCAGCCACUUUGUUCAGGACCUGCUGAUGAACGACCAGGUGAAGCAGUUUGCAGCCAACGUCUACGAGACAUUCAGCGCGCCUCAGGAUCUGCAGAAAUAAAACCAAAGCACGAGGAAAUGAACACGAAGGAAGGAGGGAUGAAAACAGAAAUGAUGCUGUGGACUGUUCCUCCCUCUCUCCUCCUCCUCCCUGUGAGACACCUUCCUGCAGACUGCACGACAGAAAUGUCCAAAACAAAGCCUCAGAUCGACAAGAUAUUGAACUCAAGGAGGAUCGAAAGACUUGCAACAGGUUUUUACUCACAGAAGAGCCUGUGAUUAACCCUAGGAGUGAUGCAUCAUGGGAAUUGGAGUCCAACUUAACCUGGUAAUGUGGUUGUAUGUACUCUAAGAGGUAAGAAACACUCACGGAGAGAAACUGACAAAAUGUGGUGAAGAAUUGGUCGCCACUAUUUCCAACAAGAUGAAACUAAAACAUGAGUUUAUUAUGUUGAUUAGGACACAGAUUUUAGGAUGAUUUUCUGUCAGCAGUGGUGAGCGUUUCAUGUUUGUUUACACUACCAGCUGUUCAGUGCACUCGCCUGUGAUUCCAUACGAAAGUAUAACUUUAUCCAGGUGGGUUGGGGAUAAGUUGUAUCAAAUAGGUUUUUCUGCUGGUAAUAUUCAGUUUUCUUAAUUUGACCCUUUUUAUUGUCACAGUUUGGGAAAGUCUGCAGCAGCUUUUGGUAAUUUGAGAUAUUAUUUUCCAUUUUUAAACCAUGACUAUGUUGCUUUAACACAGCUAGAUGCGUGGAUUUAUUCCAAAUGAAAUGUGUAAUCGAAACCUAACUUAGUGGAUAUUUUAAAUGAUCCACGUAUUAUUUUUCAUGAAACGCCAUUAUUAACAAACUAAUCAGUAAUGUGUAGUCGCUGUUUCUCCAAUCAGAAGACAUCCACAUUAAAAGCAAUACACUUAUUUUGGUGCAUUCAAUAAAAUAGGACAUGCAGACAUGACAUAGUUCCAAAAACACUGAUCUCUGCUCAGAUUUCACUCGAUCAAUCUGUGUGUUUUGUGUGAAUUCAAAGCAUUAAAAGUCCAAUUAUAUUUUAGAUGCAGUUCCCUUUUCACCCAGAAGGGGUCGCUCUACUCCAGCACUUGUGAAAAUCUGUCUGAUUUCCCUCUUGUGUUUUUAUGUUAAGAACUUUAUUUCGGAAAUGUUUCUCCUGUUUUGACUUUAAAUCAAAGGGUUUGUUUGUUGCUAUGACGAUAUAACAUCCUGGCUUGCAUCCUAAAGUCGCUCGUAACAUCGCCUCAAUAGCCACAUUGGUUUUGUAUUUUUCCCAUUUCUGUGUUUCUGACACUUUUAUAAUAUGUCAUAACAAUUAUUUUAUAUUCCAUCUAUGUGGAAAUUACGACUCGAAUCGAAAGCCAAGUAACAUAACAUCCCCGUAUGGAUUUCUUUGUGUGUUUCCAACUGUCCUCACGUCUGAUUGGCUAAUAGAAUCAGGUGUGUGCAGCUAACGAGCGCUCGUUAACAAACCUGCUUCGACCAAUCGUAUAGGGGUAUAAGUGUGUUUGUCUGUCUGUCCUCACGUCUGAUUGGCUAAUAGAAUCAGCUGUGUGCAGCUAACGAGCACUCGUUAACAAACCUGCUUCGACCAAUCGUAUAGGGGUAUAAGUGUGUUUGUCUGUCUGUCCUCACGUCUGAUUGGCUAAUAGAAUCAGCUGUGUGCAGCUAACAAGCGCUCGUUAACAAACCUGCUUCGUCCAAUCGUAUAGGGGUAUAAGUGUGUAUGUGUCUGUCCUCACGUCUGAUUGGCUAAUAGAAUCAGGUGUGUGCAGCUAACGAGCGCUCGUUAACACACCUGCUUCGACCAAUCAUAUAGGGGUAGAAAAGUGAGAGGUGGAGACAUACAGGACUUCUUACACUAAUUCAUCUUUCUUUACUUCAACAUAAAUGCAUUCAUAGUAAAAAAAAAAAGUGCAUAAUUAAUAGAGAUUUUAACAAAUUUGCAACAAGGACUAGUGCAAUAACUAAAUCACAUUAGAUAAGAUAUGUGAACAACUGUAGUAGUGUUGUGGAGCUGCAGAGAGGUCCUGGACGUAAUGAAAAACCCUUUUUUUAAAUACAGAUCCUCUUAAAAAAAAUCACACAAAGUUCAUUUUUAUUGAUGUUUAAAAAAUGAUAAUAUCUUGAAUGAAUAUUAGACAAAAUAUCAGUUAUUUCUUCCUCAUUGUGGAGCCCUGCUUUGUCGCGUUUACUUUACUUCGCCUGUUUUCAAUUAAAGGAUGUUUUUGUUUGCUGAGUGGAUGCUUUGCUUUCACCACAACUGACAACGUAUGAAUCCACCGUAUUUUCCCAUGUCAUGUCGAAGCUAGAUCUGUUUGUGUUGCGAUGGAAAUGAAGCUCCUCCAGCUAUGAUAAAGGAGCAAAGUGAAAGCGAUAUCAGCCAGAAACCAGUCUGUGGGAAAACCAACGACCUUCAGUCUUUAUCAGAUCUCUCAGUUUCCCUCUGAGGAGACGAGAAAAACAUCCGGUGACUUAUUUAGACAAUUCCUGGAUUGCAAAAUAACCGCAGUGAGGAGAGAAUGUACAUUUCUGUACAUGUAAUUAAAGACGUUAUGCCUUUUGCAGCAUAAAUAUCCUGAAUGACAGAAAAAUGUAUGUUUGUAGAAAUGUAUCGAAGAGAUAAUAAAAGUAAAAUGUGAUUUAAUAUAAA